AUGGAGGAGGAGGAGCCGAACUUGGGUGGCUCCAUCCCGGCAAUGAACAUUGGCGGGGAGGGGAACACUUCUUCCCAGCUUGGCACGGAUCCUCCCUCGAUGGACCAGAAAGAUGUCGACCUUGUCAUCGAGGAGGUCGCUAAGGACGCCGAGGCCAAAGCCGACAGGAUCGCCGCCGAGGAGGCCGGCAAGAUUGCCACUGAGGAGGCCGCCAAGGGGCCUGCCGGGGAGGCCGGCAAGGCUGCCGCUGAAGGGGCCGGCGAGGACGCCACUGGGGAGGCCGACAAGGCUGCCGCCGAGGAGGAGGUGGCCAUCGACCAACCUCCCUCUCCUCUAGCCCCCGCCCUGGAAAGGUACUUGAAGAAGCUCCAAGCGCUCCACCGUGCCCGCUCCGACAAGGCGAAAUCCAGGAUGGCAACGGUGGACAAAGCGGAAGCAGAUUUCAAGGAGCGUGUCACUGAGACGCAAGCUUGGUUCUGCGACGCCCAUCAAGAACUGAAGGCUGUCCAGGGCGAGCUGGCCGAGCGCAAACAAGAGCUCAUCCUGAAGCAGGCUGACAUCAAGAAGGACCAGGAGCUGGCGAAGGAGCAGGCCGCCAAAGAUGAGGCCGCUCGACAACAGCACUAG